ACAUUUUCACAUUUAUUAUGUCAAUUUGUAGCUUGGUGGACUUCAAACGUGUUUGCAAACUCUGAGCUUGUCCAGCAGCAUGUAUGAAUCGUGUUGAAUGAGCCUAUGGGAGUGAGGUAGUUGUCUGGCUGGGUCAAACAGCGAUGUGGGGACCACAUCCCUAGUUCUUGCUUAGGACCAGCCUACUUCAUAGUUGUCUCUGUCUGGGGUAAAGACGCACAGGCUUCCACCUCCUGUUCCCAGCCUCUCUCUCUCACUGCCCUGUUCCCUUUCUCUCUCUCUCUCUCUGCAAAAACUUCUCCCUCAGUCCCCGUGUGCUGAGCACACGACAGAGGUGGGGGUGAAAAAAAAAUGGCUUUGAAAAUAUUAUUUCUCCUGCUGGAGAUUUUCUCCUGGUGGAACUUUUUACUGGCACAACCGGACAACGGAUAUCACUCAGAUUGUCCUGUUGACCUGUACUUUGUGCUGGACACAUCUGAGAGUGUCGCUUUAAGAGUUCAGCCCUACGGCUCCCUUGUCGAUCGCGUCAAGACGUUCACUGCAAAUUUUGUCGAAAAGCUGGAAAACUGGUAUUACCGGUGUGACCAGACACUGCAGUGGAACGCUGGAGCACUACACUACAGCGAUGUGGUGAAGAAGAUCCAUCCCCUCAGUUUCAUGAGCCGUGAUGAAAAGGCAGCGAUGAUUGCGAACGUCAGAGCAGUGGAUUACAUUGGCAAAGGCACGUUCACAGACUGCGCCAUACGGGACGGAGCUGAGGAGCUUCUACUCGGUGGCUCACAUCACCGAGAGAACAAGUACAUGAUUGUGGUAACAGAUGGGCAUCCAAUUGAGGGGUACAAGGAGCCGUGCGGAGGCCUGGACAGUGCAGCAUCUGAUGCAAAGAAUCAAGGGAUAAAGAUAUUUUCAGUGGCCAUCAUGCCAGAUCACCUGGAAGCAAGACUGAACCUGAUUGCAAGUAGUCCCAAAUAUCGACGGAAUUUCACAGCAACCACUCCCAACGACGUGGAACUGAACAAUACCAUUGAUAGCAUCCUUCAAGAUAUUUAUGGUGAAGUGGAACCAGUGUGUUGCUCCUUUGAGUGCCAUGCAUUAAGAGGAUCACCUGGGCUGCCUGGAGAUCCAGGAGAAAAGGGCUCGGAAGGACGUCGAGGUUCUCACGGUCCUAUCGGUCCACCCGGUCCCUUGGGUAGACCCGGUGACAUUGGACCAGCUGGUCAUCCGGGUAUGAAGGGUGACAAAGGACAGCGUGGUCCAAAGGGUGACAGAGGACACAAAGGAUCCAAGGGUGCAAAGGGAUUCCCUGGAAGAGAUGGGAAAGAUGGUCAGAAGGGUGAACCUGGCUACUCUGGUCUGCCAGGCUGUGCUGGGUCUUCAGGACUUCCUGGACCACCUGGACUCCAGGGCCUCAAGGGUGAUCCAGGUCCAUUUGGAAGUAAAGGACAGAAGGGUGAACCCGGCUUAGAUGGGGAACCAGGACGACCUGGAAAUGUUGGCAGACCAGGCGAUAAGGGAAAUCCAGGCCCCAGAGGAAGUAACGGAGAUCUCGGGGAGCGAGGUGAUGAAGGACCUCCGGGAGAUGAUGGUGACGUUGGCGAGGAGGGUCCUCCAGGCGAACCAGGGCUGCCUGGUCCUCAAGGCCCAAGAGGAGACAGGGGACCUAAGGGGGACGUUGGGUCCAAUGGACAGCCAGGACACGAGGGUCCUCCCGGAGUUAGCGGUGACCCAGGUGAAGCUGGCCGACCAGGACCCAUGGGAUUUAAAGGUGACAUGGGACGUCCAGGGCAAGAGGGACCGAGGGGACCCAGAGGCUCAAAGGGCUACCCAGGAGACCCAGGCCCAAUGGGAGAAAUGGGCAAUCCUGGUAGCCCAGGCAACGGGACCAGGGGCCCGCCUGGAUUACCUGGCAUUCCCGGUAUCCAAGGAGUCCCAGGAUCUAAUGGAACAAAAGGCUUCCCAGGUCCGAAGGGUGAUGACGGUGAGCCCGGAGACCCUGGCUCUGAUAACGAUGUUCCAGGUGAGAAAGGUCGCAAAGGAGCCAAGGGUUACAGAGGUCCAGAGGGACAACCGGGACCCGUUGGACCCCCAGGACUUCCCGGGCCUUCGGAAUGUGAAAUAUUGGACAUCAUCAAGCGCAUGUGCUCUUGCUGUGAGUGCAAGUGUGGGCCCAUCGAUCUCCUGUUUGUAGUGGACAGCUCAGAGAGUAUCGGAGACCAAAAUUUCGCUCUCGCCAAGCAGUUCAUAAUUACGGUGAUCGAGAGGCUGAGCAGAGAUGAGAAAAUCAGGUUUGAUGGCAAGGAGUCCAACAUUGGAGUCGUCCAGUACAGUCACGCAGGGACUGAGGAGUUGGUCUCAAUGACUGAUCCCAACAUUAACACUCUGCCGGAACUAAAAGUUGCAAUCAAGAAUCUCCAGUGGAUUGCAGGAGGUACCUUCACUGGAACUGCGCUGGACUGGUCAAAGACAGCCUUCAGGGGGUCACUUAACCAAGUCCGGGUCGCCCUGGUCCUGACUGACGGGCGGUCAGACAUUUCGAGAGACCCCAAGUCGCUGUCGUCACUCUGCAAUGAAGCCAACGUUGUCUCGGUUGGUGUGAGCGACAUCUUCCGCAACCAGCCAGCGGCCGAAAGCCUGAGGCAGAUCGCCUGCGAGUCGGCUCCAACCCCUGGGCUCAGCUUGCAACGAGACAACUUCAUGGAGCUGCUGGAGGACGCCUUCCUUGAGAACGUCACUCAGUUCAUCUGCAGAGAAAAGAAGUGCCCAGACUACUCCUGUCCAAUUCAGUUCAACGUGUCGACAGACAUCGCCCUCAUGCUCGACAGCUCCACCAGCGUGGGGAGCAAGAACUUUGAGACGAGCAAGACCUUUGUCAAGCGGCUAGCCGAGCGCUUCCUCAAUGCCAAGCGUGCCCGUGGGACCACAGUGCGCACGUCAGUGCUUCAGUACAGCAAAUCCGAGGUCAUCGAGGUGCCGUUUUCUGACAACUACACUGAAGUGGCCGAUCGGAUCGAGCUGAUGGAGUUCAUGAACGACGCCACGGAUGUGGGCCGCGCCCUGGAGGGUGUCAACACCCACUUCCAGCGCAGCGGCCGGAACGUCAGGAAGAAACUGCUCUUGUUCACUGACGGCAGGUCCCAGGGAGACCUGGUGAACAACAUAGAAAAGCAGGCGCAAGCUGCCCAAGCCCGUAACAUUGAGGUAUACGUCAUAGCGGUAGGCGAUCAGGUCCACGAGAACAAUCUGCGGGCCUUGGUAUCAGGCACAGCCAUUGACUAUGAUGUGGAUCGCGGCUCCCGCCAUCUUUUCCGGGUGAAGGACUACCCCAGCCUUUUGAAAGGCGUGUUUUACCAAACAGUCACCAAGCAAAUGUCACUUGAUUAACAACAGAGAAAUUCCUGCACCCGGCCCCCUCUAAGCUCUCUCUCUUGUAUGUUACGCAUUUCGAUUAAGGUGGUUACUAUCGUUUGGGAAGUUGCUUUCUUAGGAUGUAUAAUUGCUUUUGGGAAUUCUGUGACCCCGGCCACUGUCCCCGCACGCACUCCCCACCUCUUUCGUGUGUAUCCCUCUUGGGCUCUCUUCUGAUUAGGGUGGGAGUGCGUGGGGGCUAAAUCAACCUUGCCUCCUCGCUGCUGUUCCGUUACUGCAGCCAGCAAAAAGGCGCUCCAGUCUGAGGUUUAGGUGAGUCCAGGUGGGUUCCUUCACAUGUUCCUGUUGAUAGCCUUUGAAUUCCUUAGAAAUAACGAUAGCAAUGGAAUUUGCCCAUUGUUACGCCUGUUCUCUAGACCCUAAAAUGGGGGCAUGGGGAAGGAUAGGGAGUUGACCAUUUUUGCAGUACUCACUGAAUGGCUGCAAAAGCCCCCUUUUGCCGUUAUCAGGGAGAUGACUGGUCAGCUUCCAGCCCCCUUACAAAUUGUCAGUGAAAGGCCUGCUUUUGGAAGUUGUCUGAGAAACUGGGCUAGUGUGUGUGUGUGUGUGUGUGUGUGUGUGUGUGAGUGAGUGAGCAGCACAAGCCCUUUAGCCUUGGGAUUUCCUGGCAAAGAUGUGGCCUACUAAAUGUCUGCCUCCGAGAAUGUUAAGUUCACAGCACUUCUGCCAGUGGUCCCCCACCCUAAUCACUGCUGUUCACCAAGUCCCCCACCUCAGUGAGAAACUGCCAAAGAGGCAGACACCUGGGGAUAUUGGCAAGGGUGCCCUGAUUGCAGUGAGGCCUUGGGUCCUCCCAGCUCAGACAUGCCUCAUUCCUGAUUUGGAGCCUUCACGCCCUUGUUGAGGUGCCUACGAAACAUAUCUAAAGCCUGCGGCCUUGCCGUUGCUACCUUCUCAAACGAUCCUUCAUUUACUCACUGUGCACUCCCUUUUGCAACCAUUUUUUUAAGAAUCUGAAGCAAAAGAUAUGAUAGGAAGGCCUUUCUCGAGUUGUCCCUAUGGGUUCCAAACUCUUUGGCGACCCUUGAUAAGACAUUCUGUGCGCAACUUACCUUGGAGUGAACUGCUUUGGGAGAAGGUUAACACUAACUGAGGCGAGGCAAGGAACGACUGCUAGCUGACUUAACGGGCCAUGGCACUGAACUAACUUCUGUAAUAUGAAACCAGCAGCUCAACAGUUAUUCCACUAGAUCGCUGCCAAUCUGUGUUGUACUGCAAACUUGUGUCACCACCCCAGUUAAAAAUGCUUGUCCCCGUGUCAUCUGUGAAACACAGCCCGAGUCAAGGUGCAUUUCAGGACGUCGACGAUCAGAUUUUCUACUUGCCGCUGAGCGCAGGCCAUGUGGCAUGAGUUCAGGCUGCGUGAUCUUAAGGCUGUUUGAGCUUUUGGCUGCAGAACUUAGAGCUUUGAAUAAAGAAGUAGGAAGGCUGAUUGGUGUGAUUAAGCAAUUAGCAGUUUAGAGGCCACCUAAACAUCUAAAUCUGCCAGUGGCAGUACACAUGCAGUUUAAGCUAUUCUCCUAAAAUGAUUCUGGUCAAUAAUGAGCUGAACAUAAAUAUCUGAGAGAAACUGACCUGAUUUUUUUUAAAAAGUGUGCAAUAACAACCACUAUGUCUCGAUCGGUAAUAAGCACUGGGGAAGGUCAUUUAAAAAGAUAGUUAGUUAGAAUUGAGGUAAAGGGACAGUUGGAUGUGUAUGAAUGGAACUCAAGGGACAUUUGGACGUUCUUGUGAAGACAGAAGGGAUUGAAGGAGGUUAGAUGGUGUUUCUGUGCAGGAAGGUGUCAAGACUUGUUGGGUCUCAAUUAUUCCCAAGUAUGUCCGUGUUAAUGUGCUUCAGAACCGCAGAUCCUGCCAUAAUCACUUCACUAUUCAGCGGGUCUGGACUUGUGGGACCCCAGCAUUAAUGCCAGGUCCUCGGGGUCUGAUCUUUACCUCACCCUGCCGAUUAUGUGCGUUGUGGAAGAUUAUGCUUUCAUAGAGGAAAAAGUCUUAUCAAACAGAUUAUUUAAGAUUUUUGUAUAAUGAAGAUGUAGUGAGAGAAAACAAAGUGUGUGCUCUAUGGAGCACCAAAUUAUUCUAGGAGAAUUCUUUAGAAUCUGCAUUCAUACUGAGACCUAACCCAUUCAAUUUUUCUUUUCCUUUUAAUGUAUAAACUAUUAUGAUCAACAAGUAACCAUUUUGAAUGUAAAUAAAUGUUACUUUUAAGGUAAUCUUAUACUGGUGCUAUGAGCAUAGAGGGUGAUCAAAAGGAAACAUACAACGCAAGUCACUUUUUGGACCGUGUGUGAUUUAAACCAGCUUUAACGUAUUUGUAUUUUGCAGAACUUAUUUUUUACUUGUAAAAUAUAGACUUUUUUUUAAUCUGAUCUGUACCAUGUUUGCAAUUGCAUUUGUAAUGUCACAGUUAGGGAUCAUUACAUGGAUUAGGUCAUCAGUACUAAAUAAAAGUUUCAUGUUCACUGUCA